UCAUGACACCCCACUUCCUAUAACCUAUCUCCACUUUUUUUUUUUUUCUCUCCUCAACCUCACUCUCUUCUUCCACACACAAAUGGUGAAGUUCUCAAAGGAGCUCGAAGCUCAACUCAUACCAGAAUGGAAGGAGGCCUUCGUCAACUACUGGCAGCUCAAGAAGCAGAUAAAGAGAAUCAAGCUCUCAAAACUUCCCAACCAAUCCCACCACCAUGUCAAACCACACUUUGGCCUCUCCAUUUUCGAUUCUUUUCGCUUCGUUCUCCAAAAACUAGCUCACAGCCUCUCAGAUUCCGACCACCACGACCUCAACAUCAUUCAGGUGAGGAAGAAAACCACGAAUGGCGGCGAAGAAGAAAUCUACGAGACCGAGCUUGCGCAGUUAUUUUCCGAAGAGGAUGAGGUGCGCGUGUUUUUUAUGAUGCUGGACGAAGAGCUAAACAAGGUGAACCAAUUUUACCGGAAACAAGAGAGUGAGUUUCUUGAGAGAGGAGAAACCCUGAACAAGCAGCUUGAGAUUUUGCUUGACCUCAAGCAAAUUAUCAGUGACCGUCGCCGGAAAAAUUCUCCGUCGAAGCCGUAUAGCACCGGAACAUCCCCUCAAUAUUCUCCAACCCGAGAUUCUGAUUUUUCCGUUUGUGCAGAAAAUUUGGGAGAUUCAGAUGAAACAACUUCAGAAGUUUCACAAACGGAAGAGGUAAUGACAACAUUGGAGAAGAAGGGUGUGAGUUUUGUUAAUUCUGCGACGAGGGCGAAGACGAAGAAUGGAAAACCUAAAAUGGCGAUGAGAAUUGAUGUUCCAGCCACCAACCCAACCAGGGCCAUUACAGCCAUCACUAGCAUGCUGUGGGAGGAUUUGGUGAACAAUCCAACUGGGGAUUUCGUUCACAAGAGAAAGCUCCAAUGUGCUGAGAAAAUGAUUAGAAGUGCUUUUGUGGAGCUUUAUAGAGGCCUUGGCCUACUCAAAACUUACAGUUCACUGAAUAUGGUAGCAUUUACAAAAAUAUUAAAGAAAUUUGACAAGGUAUCUUGUCAGAAAGCUUCUGCAAAUUAUUUAAAAGAAGUGAAGAAGUCCCAUUUCGUUAGUUCCGACAAGGUUGUUAGACUAAUGGACGAAGUGGAAUCCAUAUUCACCAAGCACUUUGCCAACAACGAUAGGAAAAAGGCAAUGAAAUUUCUAAGACCCCAACAACAUAAAGAUUCUCAUAUGGUCACCUUCCUUGUCGGGUUGUCUACAGGAUGUUUUGUAUCCUUGUUUUCUGUAUACGCAAUUUUGGCUCAUUUGUGCGCUAUAUUCUCCCCUGGUAACGAGCCAGCUUAUAUGGAAACAGUCUACCCCGUUUUCAGUGUGUUUGCAUUGUUGAGCCUGCACUUGUUUUUGUAUGGAUGUAACCUGUUCAUGUGGAAGAAUACAAGAAUCAAUUACAAUUUCAUAUUUGAAUUCUCUCCGACCACAGCACUAAAGCACAGAGAUGCAUUUCUGAUGAGCACUACCUUAAUGACAACUGUGGUUGGUGCAAUGGUCUUACAUCUGCUCCUAAGGGCUGCUGACUUUUCUCCUACCCAAAUUGAUGCCAUUCCUGGGAUUCUUCUUCUGUUUUUCAUAGCACUGCUCAUUUGCCCAUUUGACAUAUUUUAUCGUCCCACACGUUACUGCUUCAUCCGGGUUAUUCGCAACAUAGUAUGUUCUCCCUUUUAUAAGGUUCUGCUUGUAGACUUUUUUAUGGCGGAUCAACUAACUAGCCAGAUUCCAUUGCUAAGGCAUUUGGAAAUUGCUGGUUGUCACAUUUUUGCUAGAGUUUUCAAAACAUACCACCCUGAGGCCUGUCAUUCUGGAAGAAUGUACAUGGAAAUAACUUACAUCAUCUCAUUUUUACCAUAUUAUUGGCGUGCUUUGCAGUGCGUGAGAAGGUGGUUCGAUGAUGGUGAUGUGAACCAUUUGGCUAACAUGGGUAAGUAUGUUUCGGCAAUGGUGGCAGCAGGGGCCAGAGUUACCUACAGCAGGAAAAAUGAUCAUCUAUGGUUUGGUAUAGUGUUAAUCACUUCAGUGGUGGCCACAGUGUAUCAACUUUACUGGGACUUCGUCAAGGACUGGGGAUUUCUUACCCCCAAUUCCAUAAAUCCAUGGCUCAGAGAUGAACUAAUUUUAAAGAAUAAGAGCGUAUACUAUAUGUCUAUUGUCUUGAAUUUUGUGCUGAGAGUGACAUGGGUGGAGACUAUCUUGCACUUCAAAGUAGGGCGUGUGCAAUCACGACUCCUAGAAUUUUUGUUAGCAGCACUUGAGGUUAUUCGAAGAGGGCAUUGGAAUUUCUACAGGUUGGAGAAUGAGCAUCUCAACAACGUGGGUCAUUACCGGGCGGUGAAGACCGUUCCACUUCCAUUUCGAGAGACGGAUUCGGACUGAUGAGCAGAUUAUAUUGCAAAUGACGUUAGCUAGUAAAUAUUGCAAAUGAUGUUUAUAAUUUCCUCUUUUUCGGACCAAAUAAGUUAACAUUUAAGUUAAGGUGCAUGUUCCAUGAUGCAAUUCUCAAGAUCAUGCCCACUUGUCUUCUAAAAUCUUCUAAUGUUGUUAAUGUUACCUCUUAGUACCCUUAAUUUUAAAUUAUAUAAUGCACUUCCACA